AUGGUUGUGGUGGCCUAUGGCGUCAGUAGCAGACAGCAAAAUUACAGGGUACGUGGUGCUCUGAUGUGUGGCGAUAAACCAGCGAAAGAUGUGCAAGUGAAAUUAGUCGAUGAUGAUUUUGGUCCGGACCCUGAUGAUGUGUUGGACUCGGGCUACACGGAUGCUAACGGAAAUUUCGAAUUGUUUGGCUGA